CUUACAAAGGCACUCCUAUGGAGUCUUGGCAAACAGAACCUCCGAGACAAGUCACUGAAACUCCGCCUCGUGUGGAUCAGGAGCGAUCGCCUGCAGGUGACGACGACUGAACACAAUGAAGGAGCAGGAAAAGAAAAAGUUCACAUGUGAAGAGUGCUCACUGACGUUUCAGCACAGGACCAGCCUGGCCCGACAUAGACAGGUGGGUCAUGGCCCGUCUCAGAUCUUCGCUUGGUGCGUACGGUGUCCCUUCAAGAGUACGAGGAAGGAUAACUUGCGAAGACACUACCGUCAGAAUCACGAGGCCCACAUCCAUGAGGUGGAUCUUCUCCCCUUGGAGACUGAGAGAGAGCGGGCGCAGAGGCGACGUUCGGAAGAGGGAGAAAAAGCGGUAAAGGAGACCAGACGGAUGGUGGUGAAGAGAACAGAGGGACGGAAGGUGAAGGAUCUUGGAGAUGCUGAGACAUGGGCAGAGGCGCUACGUAUACUCCAUCAGGAAGACGACGUCGACGAACAACCACGGGGAGAGAAGCGACCGACUCAAAGUGAGCCAGAGGCACAGGAGGAACCGCCAGCCAAGCGGAAGUCCGCUAAGCAGAGUACAAUCACUCAAGGAGGCCCCCUGGAUCUCUCGAUUUCAGGACCGGAGGCGAGUGGAGGACUGUCUUUGUCACCGGCCUCUUUGUCCUUGCUAGAAGAAGAUGUGCCAGCCCCAGUGCGUAAGCCACUUGGUGGUAAGCCUCGGGGGAUGCUCCUUAUAGCCCAGCAGGACCACGUGGAUAGCAGUGAAGAGGAGGCGGAAGAGUUGCAACAACAUGAGGCGGCUGAGGCAGCACCCAACAACGGAGCAGCUGCGCACAUCCGAGAGGAUCUGCGCCCAAUCCACGUGACAUCCCUGGAAGAGGUACUGAGGGGCAGGGUUACCCGAGUGAAGGAGGUGUCGACCACCCUCGAGUACAAGGAGGGUGUGAAAGUUCGUGAGCAGCGGUUGGAGAGGGUGUACGAUGUCCAGUUCGACCAAGAUUUCCGCAAGAAGUAACAGCGCAUCCGAGAGAUCACAGAGGCAACAUGUUUCGUACCGGUUCCUAUGAGUUAGGCUCGUUUCUCUAAGCCAUCAUUUCUUAAGUUUAUACAGAGUUUUCUAAAACCUUUAUAUAAGUUUUCUUAAAGUUUCUUAAAAGUUUAUAAAGUUUUCUAUCAAGUUUUCUCAGAGUUUUAUAAAGUUAACUAUGUUUCCUUUAUGAGGCGCAUGUAUAAAGAGGCGCCGACGUGUUGACGUUAUGGACCUUUUCGUUGUUUAGAUUAAAAGUUUUGAUAAGAAAGUUUUGAGUAAUUUGCUUUUGAAUAUCAGGUCUUUAGCUGUUAUGAACGAGGACGUUCAUGCUAAGAAGGAGGCUUUGUGGCGAAAAUUACUAUAGCAGCGUAGUCUAGAGAGGGCGCGCUCGCGGCUGUGGGCCCUAUAUAAGGCCCCGGGGCAGUUGCGAGACGUCAUCUGUAGACUCAGCUCAGGUAGACACAGCUCAGUAGACCGAGCGUACGCCGAGAUCAUCUGCGGGGAAGAGACGGUAGGCAAAUUAGCUCGCGCGCGCUGACGGGCGUGUGCUGGGUGGUGCGGUGAAGUCGGGCUGGCAUAAGGAGGCACGGAGUCCGCGGAGGCUACUGGAGGCGGAGCGACAUACAGCGAUCUGCCGAUUGUAAUGUGACGGAGCCGGAAGGGCGCGCUCAUCUACCCGCCGCCUCGAGGAAGGAUUGCGACUGGAAACGGUCGAGGGCGGGAGAGUGGAGGCGCACAGGAACGCUGGAGGCGUACGGUUCUUACCCGGGAUUCAGAGGCUAUCCCCAGCCAGGCAUUGCCGUGCUGCCCAGCACUGCCUUACCGUAGCGGCUAAUGCGAGGCUACCCCUACAGAGAUAAUUGAGAGGCUCAGAGACCAAUCACUUAUUAGAGGCUAACAUUAUAAUUUAACGAGAGGUCCAUCAUAUGACAUUGAUUCUGUGUAAAUAAAUCAAUCAGUAAUUGAGGUCAUUGACUGUUGUGUA